GAAAGGGGUGACAGAAGAAAGAGAACAGAGAACUGGACAAGUACAAAGACCAAAACAGACUCCGACUGGACACGAGGAACAUAGAAGCAGUCUGCAUCCUGAGCAGGACUAUACGCGUAUUUUACUACAUAAAGAAAAGAAAAAGAAAAGGUUGUUUUCAUGCGCCCUUAAAAUCAGUUCCUGAGAUCUGUUUUGAAACUGGAUUUUAUUAAUGAUGGAUGAGCCUCAAGACAUUUUUAUCCUAACUUUUGAUUAGGCUGGAUUCAAAAUAGCAUCUGUCAUUUUGCUGGAAUGCCAUCGCCCACAUUUGGAGUCUUUUUACGCACAGCCCUAUUUGGUUUGGAUGAUUGCAAAUCAUUACCGCAAACGUUUUGACGUGUGUUGGAACACAUUGUGCGCUAUCAUUCAUUUCGAGUUGCACUAUCAUCCAGCUUGCUUGAUUUCCUAAGUUAAUCACUAGUAGCCUAUCACAUCUCGCUUGUGGCUGGACCUGUAAUAGCAACACAGAUCGCUUUUCGCAAGACUGACACGGGUGCCUCCUAAACGGGAGUUGGCACCGUGUAUGUUCUUUCUCAAUCUGUUUUGAAAAGUUUUAUAACUCUGAACGACAACAUUAUCUACCCUCUGAAAUGCUGCCUGUGUCCAUUCUCUUGCUCCUCGUUUUCCCCGCUGCGCUCUCUGUGGCCGCGCACGGCGCCCUGGACCUCCAGGGUUUCACCUUCCCCGGUGGGAGCGCAAGUUUCGACCCAACAGACCCCUGCAUGAUGGUGUAUCCACCAUGUGUGAGUGAGGCGGAUCGCUACAGCCUGGAGGCCCUGUGGAGCAUCCAUCAAAUGAUGGACGAUGACCAAGACGGAGGGAUUGAGGUGGAGGAGAGUGUGGAGUUCAUCAUUGAGGACAUGAAACAGCAGCAAACCAACAAACACAGCCACCUGCACAGAGAAGACCAACAUAUCACAAUUGAGGAGCUCUGGAGGGGCUGGAAGUCGUCUGAAGUACAUAAUUGGACUCAAGAUAAUGUGCUUCGCUGGCUGAAGGAUUUUGUUGAGUUGCCCCAGUAUGAGAGGAACUUUAAGGACUUUAAGGUCAAUGGAAACACACUCCCCAGGAUUGCAGCCAAUGAGCCUUCAUUCCUGAGUGGCCAUCUGAGGGUUCAGGACCAGAGAGACAAACAGAAGCUCAACAUCAAAGCUCUGGAUGUUGUUCUGUUUGGACCGCCUACACGUCCCCCUCAUAACUACAUGAAGGACCUGCUGCUCAUUGUAUCCGUGGUGAUGGGAGUUGGAGGCUGCUGGUUUGCCCAGGCCCAGAACAAAGUCAGUAAAGUCCACAUAUCCAGGAUGAUGAAAGAUUUGGAAAGUCUGCAGAGGGCUGAACAGAGCCUCUUAGAUCUGCAGGAACAACUGGAGCGAGCACAGGAAGAAAAACGUAAUGUCGCAGAGGAGAAACAGAACCUGGAGGAGAAGAUGAGGGAUGAGAUCAUAGGGGCGCAGGAGGAGGCUUACCGCCUUCACGAGCUGAGGCAGGGAGCUGUCAGUGAGCUCAGCCGCCUCCGAUAUGCAGAGGAAGAGCUGGUGCAGGUCCGUGGAGCACUGAAGCAGGCGGAGAAGGACAUGCAGGCUAGCUGGAAUGCCUCAGAGGCCCUCCAGCUGUGGUUACAGCUGACACAUGAGGUAGAGGUCCAGUUCUACAAUGUCAAGAGACACAGAGCAGAACUACAGCUUGGCAUCGCCAAGGAAGAGGCAGAGAAGAUUAAGAAGAAGAGGAGUUCUCUGUUCGGGACUCUCCAUGUCGCACACAGCUCCUCUCUGGACCAAGUUGAUCACAAGAUCUUGGAGGCAAAGAAUUCCUUGUCUGAAGUAACAGCCUGCCUACGGGAACGCCUCCAUCGCUGGCAGCAGAUUGAGCGCCUCUGUUGCUUCCCCGUCAUUAGGAAUCCUGGCCUAGCUAACCUCACUGCUCAGCUCUACUCAGAGCCAAUUGCCCUGGGGUUUCCCAGAGUUCCCCAGCCAUCAUGGUCAUGCCACAGCUCUGUUCAUGGAUCUAUAGAGGAUCUCUUAGAAGAGUCUGCUUCUCCAAUCUUACCACAUAUGACAGUUCCAGUUCCACCACUGAAGCGCUCUCCACGACCACGGGGAUCAACCAUAUGUCGAUCACGUCGUCCUGGCGCGAUCAGUCAGCCACCGGCCGCCAUGAUCUCCCCGGACCCUGACCUUCUUAUCCCCAUCAGAGACCCGUACACAUGUGAGGAAGAGGAGCUCCUCCUGAAAACUCUAAAGAAACAAGACUCCCAAGAGAUAUUCUCAGACACAGAAUAUAUGACUUCACCUCCUCUCAGCAAACUGUUCCCUAGUCCAACUGUUGACACUCAAAGGCUCUAUUAUGACGAAAUUGAGCUGUUUUCAGACAGCUCCAUUACACAGAAUUUGAGUAAAGAAGAAGCAGCUGUUGUUGAAUCUCCAGUUCGCAAAACUUCUGUAGAAGAGCUUGAAGCUUGUGUAGAUAUUUCCUUGGGAAAGAUGGCAAAAGACAAAGUGUUGGAUACUUCUUUGGAAACCCCCUUGUUGAAGAUGUCCAAAGAAGAGUCUUUGAUUGAGGCUACAUCAAGGAAGAUAUCCAGAGACAGGAGUGAAGUUCAUAUGGAUUUUGCUGUUAGAAAGGUGCUUUCCAAUGAGUUGGAUGCAGAUUUCCCAGCCAGGAAAGUAGAGAGAGAUACAAUAGGGGGUUUGAUGGACACCGCUUCAAGGAAUGUAUACAGAGAAAUAAGUGAUUUACCUCUGGAUGUGAAAAAGAUUCUUUGGAAAGAAUUAGAAGCAACAACAGAUUUUGCACCCAGGAAGCUAUCCAGAGACAUGAUGGGGACUUCAAUGGACAGUGCCUCAAGAAAGAUGAUGCAAGAUGAUGUUGAGUGUCAGUUUGACUCAGUAUCCAGAAGGAUUACAAGAGAUUCAAUGGGAUCGUCCCUAGACACAGGUAGUAGAAAGAUUCAAUGGAAUAAAGGAGACUUCCAGCUUGAUUUCUCUGUAAGGGCAUUAGCAAUGGACAAAAUGGUUGAGGCUACUAGAACACCACCAAGAAAGAUAUCUAGAGAUGAGCUGGAGUAUUGUAAAGAUACUGCUUCUAUAAAAAUGCUACCCAAAGAGAGAUUUGAAGCACUUAUGGAUAACUCGUCCUCUACAGAGAAGCAAGAGUUCAAUAUAGAACCAUCAACAAGUAGAAAGAUACUGAGAGACGAACUUGAGAUGUCUGCUGGUUCUCUCAGAAGGAGAAUACUCAGAAUGCCAAGAGAUGACAUUGACCCUUCCAUAGACACUCCCACAGGAAAGAUCUUAUGGGAUAGAGUUGAUGUUCCAAUGGAAAUACCUGAACAAUCAAUACUGAGGGAGGAGUUGGGAGCAUCCGAUUCAAGUUCAUCUCCAGGUCAAAUUGGACAGCCAGACCUUAUGAUAACCUCCCAGGUACCAUGGGAGUCGCCAUCAGACCUUUUCACCUGCCCAUUGAGCAAGCUUGUGUAUGAUGGGAUCCUUGAGAAGUCCUGCCACUCUGUGGCUAUGACCUCAACCAACCUCUCUGCCUCAACACCCAACCUGCCCCAGAGCAGUCUGCAAGCAGAGGUGGAGCCACCAUUGCCACCACCAAGGAUGGCUUUCCCAUCUCCUGCAUCGGCUGCUGAGACUGGACAUGAAAGAAACAAGCAUAAGGAAAAGAGCAGGAAAUCCUUAAAGCUCAAAAAUCCUUUUAAAAAGAAAACCGAAUCAACUCCAGAGAAGCCUCAAAGUGGUCUUCAAAAACUCUGAUGAUCAGCUUAGAAUGUUUUACUUUUUUUUCCUUUUUGUUAUUAUUUUAUUGAACCAGAAAAUGAGAGUUUUAGAACUUCAUUGACAAUAUCUUGUAUGGAAAGCUGAAGUACAUUUAUUUUCUCUUAUAAAGUCUUAUGUAGACAUAUGGUUGAUGCCAUAUUAUUUCAGAUGCAGAUUUUUUGAGGCUUUGCCUAUGGUUGAAGGAUUGAAUGAUGUUUAACUGAUGCCGCUUCUGUAUAACAGAGGCAAUGCUUGAAUUUUGUUUAAACCUCAAUUGAAGACAUGUAUUCCAGUAGAAAAUGAAUGCAUUCUAUUCUAAGAGAAUUUUUUUUUUAUUUAGUUAUGUCCCAAUCACAAUUUUUUGAUUCAUGAAUCAGAGUCUGGUCUGACAUUUUUAUGAAUUUCUUCCAUACAGCUGCAUGUUGCACACAUCAAAAUUAGUAAGACACUUUAAAGGCCCUAGGUAAUGAAGGCUUCUUAGUUCUUACAAUGAAUAAUGGGGUCUUACAUGAACACACAAUUCUCUGCCAGAGUUAGAAGUUAGUUUUCAUUAUUUCACAUGACAAAUUUCUGUAUUUGUGUUCUUCCCAUUGGUUCGAGGUGGGUGGGGCUCAGUUGGGAAAAAGACAUGAUUUGACAUAUAUAUAUUUAUGAACCAUUCAGGAUUUAACAACAUUUGAAUCAGAAUCUGAUAACAGUUGUGGGUUUGUUUGAUUAUCCAAUUAUCAAACCACAUCAACACCGUCCAGAUUAAGGAGAUUAGCAGAUUUUUUUUUAAGGUUUAGACUAUAAAUAAAUAAUAUAUGGUAGUUUUUCUCUUAACUUUACAUUUGAUUGUUGCUUAUUUAGUCUUGACUAUAUAUUGUUACUCAGGAUUUACUUAGGAUUUUGCACUAUAUAGCCUGCAGCAAAGAAUAAUUCAUUUUAUAACAAAAUAAAGAAAUAGAAAUCCUCUUAAUGCUUUCAUAUCAUAUUUUGUAUAGCUUCCAAUAAUGUUUUGUAUAUUUAUGGAAAAAGAUGUGUCCGUGUUGAUAUGUUGUUUCAGGAAGCAUUGGACACGGUUGAGACAGUCUCUUUUCUUUUAUCUCCAGUUAAAUUCAAAUGCUAUUUUCAAUCAACAUCACAUUGUUUAGUGUUAACCUGGAAAAUGUUGUUGAAAUAUACACAAAAUAAUAUAUACGUUUGAUUCAUUGUUCUCUGAUGCACAUGCCGUCAUAAUUGGAACUGUUGACUGCUGUUUAUUUAUUUUCUGCACUUGGAAAUGGGUCAACCCUAACAUAGCCAAUAUUGACAAUAUAUUGACCCCAAAAGCAUCUGUCCUGAUCCUGUGGAUUGGCCUGGGAAAACCCACAUUUUAUUGAAAAUGUUCUGCUUUGAUUUGAAAUGCUCACAGUUUUCUUGCUCGCUGUUUUUUUUUUUCAAAACUAAUGCAUUCAAAUGCAUAUUUUACUUUAAUUGUUGAUUUGAUGUAUGUUUAUUUUAUUGUUUACAGGCAAGUCAGUGCCUUUAGUAGUGUAUUUGAAAUCAAAUAAUUCAGAAUACAUUUUAAUUUAUUUGAAAAUUGCUCAUUGGAAUAAGUUUUUUCAUGUCAUCAAUUGAUUUGUUUCAAAGUGUAAGGAAUAUAUGAGUAACAUGUUUCCCCUUCACUGAAUUGAAUGUAAGAUGUCAUUUGCUGUUGUUAUCUGAUGAUUUAUUAACAAAUGAUGAUAGAGGAAAUAAACAAGGAGGUGAAAUUAGUAAAUAUUUUGCAUUUCUCUACAAUAAAGAAACUAAACAUUGCCA